AUGGACAAUCUUAAGACAAGCAUAGAAGAAGUCAUUUGUGGUAAGUCAAGAAAUGUCAGAAAAUUCAAAUUCAAUGAUUGGGACAUGGAAAUGGAAAGGAAUUCGUCUUUCAAAAAUGCUUUAUUCCAUCAUCCCAAGAAAAGAAUCAACAGGAAAGAGGUCAAAUGGGAGAAGCUGCAUAGAAAUUGGGUUAAACUUAACUUUGAUGGGGCCUGCAGAGGUAAUCCGGGAAAGGCCAGUUUUGGAGCAGUCAUUCAAAAUGAGGAAGGGAAUAUGGUGAGUGGUACAUAUGGCCAUAUUGACUGUGCUACCAACAAUGAAGUAGAAAUAAGAGCCCUUGAGGCUCGGCUUGUUCUCUACAAAGAGAAAGGUUUAACUAAUGUACAGACUGAAGGAGAUUCUCAGAUAAUUAUAAAUGGGGUGACUACCGGUAGGUUACUUAAUUGGAAACUCGCUAAAUGGCUGCCUCGGAUUCAAUUAUUACUCCAAGCAAUUGAGCCAUAUGAAAUAUCAAAUAUUCACAGGGAGGGAAAUCGAGUAGCAGACCUGUUAGCAAAUUUAGGAGUCAAUUCACGGGCUACAGAAGUGACAUUUGAUUCCAAGACACUAAGUUAA